CUAGCGUGUCAACAAGUGUCAAAACAUUGCAGAAAUUUCUAAAGCGUCAAGUGAAGCCAACAAGUGAAAAGUGAAUCUGUAGUUAUAAUCUGAAGCAAGCAUAAAAUGGAAGCAUCGUGUAUGAGUUCUCUGGAGACAUCAAAAAGAACCGGGCAAUUCUACCGCCGGCUUCAGAAGCGCACUGCUGAAGAAGAAGUGCUAGAGGAAGAAGAAUACAGCAGGAGCGGUGUGGAAAAUGAUUUGUCACACACCAACGGAGACAUCUCAAAGAAUGGUGCAGCUUUUUUCUUACCAACAGAAAUUGAUGUAAACUGCUUCAUAUCAAAUGGUUGUACAUUGUUCAUUAAAGGUAAACCGAUAUCUAAACCCGGAAGCGGAUUCAAGGAAGAAUACACCUCGGAUGCAGAUAAUGGUUUGACGGCGCUUGGCCCUAUCUUAGCAGUAAUCUUUUUGGAUAGUUUAUCAACUUUUAACGUGUCUUUCUUUUGUUCUUGUUUUCGCACUAGUUUGUUUGAUGCUGAUGAUGAUCGAGAAAGCACGACGGAAGAUGAUAUCUCGAAAGCACCGGGCACAUUUUGUUUUAUCGGCAGCGCUGCUGCCCCGAACGAUAACGGAGCCAGCGGAGGAGGGAGCGAUUGUCUGAUUGAUCCAUUCUCGCUUGCUGGUACCUUACGUGCGCGAGAAAACUGCGCGGACGGUUUUGCUGGGAGUCUUCCUGCUCCGGAUAAUGAAGGUAAGGACAACGAUGAUGCCGUCGCUGCCGAAACAACAUGAGGUGUAGGACGCAAUUCAGUAUUUGGCACAUUUUGUUUUAUCAUCCGUUGCUGCGCUGCUGCCCCGGAUGAUAACGGAGCGAGGGGAGGGAGCGCGGUUUGUUUUGCCGGCAAUUUCGCCGCUCCGCAUGAUGAAAAGGUGGACGGAGUACAUUUCACUGAUUCCACACAGGGCGAUGCAAUAU